AAAUGUCCUUACAGUUUGAGAUGGCCAGCGGGAAAGUCUUAGAGGAGACUUAUCGGAAGUGGGUCCAGUAUAAAGAAGACUGUGUCAAAAUGAUAGAGAAUGAGCCACCCCUUCAAGUGGGCUUGUUCUGCAACCGGACAUUUGACAGAUACGCCUGCUGGCCAGAUACUCCUGCCGACUCUGGGGUCAAUAUCUCAUGCCCUUUCUACCUGCCAUGGUAUGACAAAGUUUCCCAGGGUGUUGUGCGUCGGCGGUGUGGCUCUGACGGCCUCUGGGAGAGAGAGAACAGCGGGCAGGUGUGGAGAGACAAGACUCAGUGUGAAGAGGAAAAAGAAGUCACAUCACAGGAGCUGUGGAUCAAACAACUGAUGGUGAGCUUUAGGAUGUUUUACACUGUCGGAUAUUCCUUGUCCCUCUUUGCGCUCAUAACAGCUCUUGUCAUUCUCCUGAGCUUAAGGAAACUGCAUUGCACCAGGAACCUCAUUCAUGCUAACCUCUUCCUGUCCCUCAUCCUGCGAGCUGUAUCUGUCAUUGUUAAGGACACCAUGCUGGAACGCCACUGGGGACGAGAAAUCAUCAAACAGACCGAUGUGAGAGAGAUGCUCAGUCACCAGGCUGCCAUUGGCUGCAGGAUAGCACAGGUGAUGAUGCAGUACUGUGUCCUGGCCAAUCACUAUUGGUUCUUUGGAGAGGCUAUUCAUUUGUACUCUGUGCUUAUUGCCUCAGUGUUCAUCGAUAACAACAAAUACUUACCUUACAUCUGUCUUGGCUGGGGAACUCCACUUGUAUUUGUGGCUCCCUGGGUCGUGAUGAAGUUAUUGAAAGAAAACAAAGAGUGUUGGGCUGUCAAUGAGAACAUGAACUACUGGUGGAUCAUUCGUUUCCCAAUUCUUUUUGCUUCACUAAUCAACUUUCUAAUUUUCAUAAAGAUCCUGAAGGUCAUACUUUCCAAAUUACGAGACCGCAACCAGAGUGGAUAUCCUGAUUACAAACUUCGGCUUGCCAAGGCAACCCUUACCCUCAUCCCUCUCUUUGGGAUUCAUGAGAUUGUGUUCAUCUUUGCUACAGAUGAGCAAACAACAGGCAUUCUGCGCUACGUUAAGGUUUUCUUCACCCUUUUUCUCAAUUCAUUUCAGGGCUUUCUGGUGGCUGUGCUCUAUUGCUAUGCCAAUAAAGAGGUGAGGACAGAGCUGAAGAGGAAAUUACGCAGCUGGAGGAUAGAGAGUGAGACUGUAUGCUGUGGACAAUGACUAGCCGUGCUUGACUCUCGGGUAGAAACUUUCUCCAUCGCCACAGUGCCAGAGUGCAACAGAUCCUCCGCCACGACGACGAGGGCAAUGCCUGAUGGUUCACCCACUCUUGAGAGUUCACAGAAUCUUAGACGUCAAGUUCAGCCAACCUCCUCACAGCCCAAUGAGUCUUUGCCGCGCUGUCCAUCAGUGGUGAAUAAAGACAACAGCCUGCAGCGCAGAGAUCAGGAUGACAAUGGACAAUCAUCUGUGGCAAUGCAGGUGUCCUUCCUCAUUCAUCUUCAAGACCCUGUAGAGUUACUCCCAAAUGUUGCAAAUAUAGAUUCAGACUGAACACAGUCUUGCAUUCACAUGUUUUUGCGAAUAUGUAAAAAAAAGUUGUAACAUUAUGAAUAUGUGAAUGUGAUAAUUUAAGACUUAUUUAUGUAAAUAAGAAAAAUUAUAAGGAUAUUUGCUUGUAUUGACUUUUUUAUUGUGUA